CACACACACACAACACAAGUAGUGUUGUGUUUCAUUCCAUUAUCUCCUUUUAACUUUUUGCGUGUAAGGCACAAAAUGAUGGCAUGUCAAGAGUGGCCUGAGCCAGUGAUUCGAGUCCAAGCCUUGGCCGAAAGUGGCUUAACCACAAUCCCUGAACGUUUCAUAAAGCCAAAGUCCCAAAGGGUAGCCACUAGCACUUCUGCAUCAAACCAAGUUUAUUGGUCUAACAACAACAUCAAUAUCCCAGUGAUUGAUAUGCAACAUAUCUAUGGUAAGGACCAUAGGCUAAGGGUGGAAACACUAGAGCGUGUUUCUGAGGCAUGUAGGGAAUGGGGGUUCUUCCAAGUGGUGAAUCAUGGGGUGAGGCAUGAGUUGAUGAAUGAUGCGAGGGAGCUGUGGCGCGAGUUCUUUAACCAACCACUUGAGGUUAAAGAGGAGUAUGCAAAUUCACCACUUACUUAUGAGGGGUAUGGAAGUAGGUUGGGAGUUAAAAAAGGUGCUAUUUUGGAUUGGAGUGACUACUUCUUUCUCCAUUACAUGCCUUGUUCCCUUAGGGACCAAGCCAAGUGGCCUACCCUACCAGCUUCCUUAAGGCAUGUGAUUGCUGAAUAUGGUGAGGAAGUUGUUAAGCUAGGAGGAAAGAUACUUGAGAUAAUGUCAAUAAAUCUUGGGUUGAGAAAGGAUUUCCUUCUAGAUGCAUUUGGUGGGGAAAGUGAUCUUGGUGCUUGCCUAAGGGUGAAUUUCUAUCCAAAGUGCCCACAACCUGACCUCACUCUUGGCCUAUCCUCUCACUCAGACCCUGGUGGUAUGACCAUUCUUCUCCCUGACGAUAAUGUGUCUGGACUUCAAGUACGAAGAGGAGAAGAUUGGAUCACUGUUAAGCCUGUCCCAAAUGCUUUCAUCAUCAACAUUGGUGACCAAAUUCAGGUGCUGAGCAAUGCAAUUUACAAGAGUAUAGAGCACAGGGUGAUCGUGAACUCAAACAAAGAUCGAGUUUCAUUGGCCUUCUUUUACAAUCCUAGGAGCGAUAUACCGAUUCAACCUGCUAAGGAUCUUGUGACUGAGGAUAGGCCAGCACUCUACCCAGCAAAGACAUUUGAUGAGUACAGACUUUACAUUAGGACAAAAGGACCAUCUGGAAAAGCGCAAGUUGAAUCUUUGACUUCCAAAUAAUCUAAUUCUAAUUAAGUAAUUUGCAGUGCACAGUCUAUUAAUUUGCAUCUGAAUAAUUGAUCAUCUCACGUUUGUAUCUAUCGGAUCCAAUUAAUUCCUACUCU